AUGGCUCUUCCUUCUUUGGUCGCAAGCUUCCUUCCCUCCUCAAUUCACCAUAGCCAACCCUCCUCCUCUUCCUCCUCCGCUGCGUCCUCCGGCCCUCGAUUCGCGACAUGCGGUUUGAAGAUUGAAGAUCAAGAGAUUGCGAGACGUUCGGCGAAUUGGAAACCGAGCGUUUGGGACUAUGAUUUUGUGCAAUCACUCGGUGUUGAUUACACGGAGGAUAUAUAUACGGAGCAAGUCCGAAGGUUGAAGGAAGAAGUCAAGGGUCUAUUCGACCGGGAGAUGAAUCAGGUGGCAAAACUCGAGCUCGUUGACGGGGUUCAAAGACUGGGACUAGGAUAUCAUUUCGAGACAGAGAUCAAGAACGCUCUUGGUUCCAUCCAUAACAACAUCGAAGAUGCUCAGCUUUCAGAUGAUCUCUAUCCCGCUUCCCUUCGAUUCCGGCUACUCAGACAACAUGGAUACAACGUACAGCAAGAUGUGCUUCAAAGGUUUAUGAACGAGACAGGCACAUUCAACGAAUCGCUCAAAAGGGAUGUGAAGGGGGUUCUUGGUCUUUAUGAAGCUUCUGUCCAUGGAUUGGAAGGUGAAACCAUACUUGAUGAAGCUUGGAACUUUGCUUCUAAGCAUCUGAAGGAUCUAAACCUCGACAAAGUUCCCACCAAUUCAGCGAGUAACGUGAGUCAUGUAUUGGAUAUGCCGAUCCACUGGAGGCCAAAUAGGGUGGAGGCUCGGUGGUUCAUUGACAUGUACGAGAAACAACAAGACAUGAUGCCAUCUUUGCUACGAUUGGCUAAGGCUCCAUUCGCUUGGCGGAAAAUAUUCUCCCGGAAAAUAUUUUCCGGAUUUCUCCGUGUCUGGGCGAAAAACGCUUUUUGUGGGAAAAUAUUUUCCUUCCCCCCUCACAAAAAUAGCUUAAGUUUAUGGAAAUGA